GCGGAGCCAGGUGCCCAAAGGAGCUCAGCACUCACGAACGCUGAGCAAGGCUGGCAGGUGGCUGUUGGUGCCUCAUGCCACCCAUUUAUCUAAAGGGAUGAGAUUCAAGGCCUGUCCUGUGGGCUGGGGCCGUCAAAGCUGAUGGGAGAGGGGAACGUAAAUUCUAACGGGGAGAUGGCCGAUGAACACGUGCAGGAAGAAAUGGACAGAACCAUCCAGAGAGAUUGCGUGCUCUGAGGACAGCACGGCCUGGCUCAGGACACUGGCUAGAGGGCCACAAAGGACACCUUGAGAGAAGCCGGCACAGACUUGUUCAGACUCCCGGUGGCCCGCCGAGGUCGUGAGUAUAGAGCUCUGGAGAUGAAGACCCUGCUCCUGGGUGUCACGCUCGGCCUGGCCGCUGCCCUGACCUUCGCCCUGGAGGAGGAGGAUAUCACAGGGACCUGGUAUGUGAAGGCCGUGGUGACCGAUAAGGACCUUCCGGAGGAGAAGAGGCCCAGGAAGGUGUCCCCAGUGACAGUGACAGCCCUGGACCGUGGGGACUUGGAAGCCACAUUCACCUUUAUGAGGAAUGAUCGGUGCUUCCAAAAGAAAAUCCUGAUGCGGAAAACGGAGGAGCUUGGCAAAUUCAGCGCAUAUGGGGGCAGGAAACUCAUAUACCUGCAGGAGCUGCCUGGGACGGACCACUGCAUCUUUUACUGCAAAGACCAGCGCCAUGGGGGUCUGUUCCGCAUGGGAGAGCUCAUGGGUCGGAAUCCCGACACCAACCUGGAGGCCCUGGAAGAAUUUAAGAAACUCGUGCAGCGCAAGGGACUCUCAGAGGGGAAUAUUUUCAUGCCCCUACAGAUGGGAAGCUGCGUUCCCGAACACUAGGCACAGUGGUCCCCGGGUCUGCACCUCCAGAGUCCACCCUGCUGCCAGACAUGGAGCCUGGGCCGCCUGGACCUACCCUCCAGCAAUGAGCCUUCCCUGACCCACCCGCCUGACACCAAAUAAACAGCUUCUGCCCCA